GGGUCGAGUCUAUUUUGGUUUGAUUUUGUCCGGUUCGAGGAGGCGCUUUGACUUUCACUACCUUUGAGGUUUUCUCAAUAUGUUGUGCUGUGGAGGUGUGGAGGAGGAAUUCUUUGGUCAACAAGCCAGCCAACAUGCCGCGCCUCCAAACCGCACUGCCCCUGGUCAAGGUAGGGAUCCAAGGGGACCUGGUGCAGCCAGGAGUGGAGCCCCUGCAAAGGUGUUACCCAUAGAAAUACCAGCCAUCCAACUGGACGAGCUGAAUCGACUAACGGAUAAUUUUGGGCAGAAGGCCUUGGUUGGCGAAGGGUCCUACGGGCAGGUCUACCAUGCAACUCUGAGCACAGGAGAACCUGUUGCCAUCAAGAAGCUGGAUACCAGUGCCUCCAGUGAACCUGAUUCAGAUUUUGCAGCUCAGUUGUCAAUGGUUUCAAGACUCAAGAAUGAGUUCUUCAUUGAGUUACUAGGUUACUGCUUGGAAGAUGAUAACAGGAUGUUGGUGUAUCAGUUUGCUUCAAAUGGAUCUUUGCAUGAUAUUUUGCACGGGAGGAAAGGCGUGCAAGGUGCUGAACCAGGUCCACUCCUGAGCUGGAACCAAAGAGUCAAGAUUGCUUAUGGUGCAGCAAGAGGCCUUGAGUAUCUACAUGAGAAAGUUCAGCCCCCAAUCGUUCAUCGGGACGUUCGAUCCAGCAAUGUCCUCCUCUUCGACGAUUACACUGCCAAACUUGCAGACUUUAACUUAACUAACCAGUCCCCUGACACGGCAGCUCGUCUGCAUUCAACACGAGUGUUGGGAACUUUUGGCUACCAUGCCCCCGAGUAUGCCAUGACUGGCCAAUUGACACAGAAAAGUGAUAUAUACAGUUUUGGUGUUAUCCUUCUUGAGCUUUUAACUGGGAGGAAACCGGUAGAUCACACCAUGCCUAAGGGACAACAAAGUCUAGUUACCUGGGCAACUCCAAGAUUGAGUGAAGACAAAGUGAAGCAAUGUGUUGAUCCCAAGUUAGAAACUGACUUCCCUCCAAAAGCAGUUGCUAAGCUGGCAGCAGUGGCAGCAUUAUGUGUGCAGUAUGAAGCAGAUUUCCGACCUAACAUGACAGUCGUUGUGAAAGCCCUUCAGCCUCUUCUUCCUUCAAAACCAGGCCAAGAAACCAACAAUUAG